AAUGGAAAAGGAGUUGUUAAGUAGCCUAGAAAUUGAUAAUAAGGAUUUUGAUUUCUCGUUACCAUGUGACUCUAGAAAUAAAGCAACCUUUGCAUCGUCUUAUAAGCCUAAGAAGAAAAGAGUUGUCAAAGAGAAGAAAACGAUUUUGCCACCGUGUAAUAUUUGCGGUUCUACCGCAACAGGAUAUAAAAAAUGCGAAAGUGAAGGUAUGUCUAAGACAAGGAUAAAAGUUGGACGAUAUUCAAGAGAGAUUCAUCAAAAGAAUAGGGAGGCUCUAAGAAAAUUAUAUAUAAGCGAAAAUUCUUCAGAGGUAGUACCUUUAUUAUUAAAAUAUACAGAUGCUGAUGAUAUUACAACAAAAUUUUCGAUAUUACUUGACGACUUAAGAAAUAUCAAUUGGUCAGAAAGAGUAAGUGACCUUAAUGAAAUUUUUGAUAGAAUGAAAUACAUAAUAGAGACUGGCCUCUUCUUGAAAGACGAUUUUACAAAUAUACUCGAAGUUACUGGAUUACAUAUUGAUAAUAGAAAAGAAUUCUCUAAAUUUAACGGAAAAUUAAUGGAAAUAUCAGGAAGAUAUUGGCUUCCUUUUUUAAAAGCAUUACCAGGAAUGAUUGAACUUGAUGAUAGAGUUUUCUUUCAUAUACUUUGUUCGCAUUUAGAUGCUUUUCAUUUAAUAAUCUCUCUUGAAUUUGGUAUGAAAUGGCAGAGGGAUGGUUUACAUAUCUCUCUAAAUAAUAAAAGUAUUUGUUUAAGUAAUGAGAAUUUAGAACGAAUGAUUGGAAAUUCUAUGACCGAUUUGAGGCACAAAAAAUUUAUAAAAAUGGAAAAAGCAAAUUUAACAAAUGAAGAGAUUUUAUUUAUAUUUUCUAUUAAUAUGGUUACACCUAAUGAAUAUUAUCCAUAUUUUCCAUCAGCAUAUGAUAGGGUCUCUCAAGCCUUGACAAGAUACUUGCAAAAAACAUAUGGAGAUUCUUAUCAUUAUAGAUUAUCGGAAUUGAUUAGUUUCCUAUCAUUCUUUAAUGAACUAAAAGUAUCAUCAAAUCGUUGGAGAGAGGAUAAUAGAUCGUGUUUUGAACACGUAUUCGAUACACCAUUUUCAAGAAUAUUCUGUGCUGGCUUUAGCAACGAAAUUGACAAAAAUAUGGAUGUUCUUUCCCAGUACAUAAAGAAUCCAUAG